AAUAUCCCUGAAUAUUCGGGAGUUUUUUGACAUUCGAGAAUUUGAAAAGUGAAAUCUAAACAUAAACAAUAAAAAUCAAAUUACUAGAAAAUUCAUUUCAUAGUGUAUGCAUGAAAUAAUUUGAAAGGAGACAUGAUUUCUAAAGAAAGAUUCACCCCUACAUUCCUAACUCAUUCACAUGAAAAUUUCCCGUUGAAAUGGCUGUUUUUAGCAAACACAGAGUAGAUGUUAGACCUAGAAUGUGGAUAUUCGGAGAACUUUUUCCUCCUUUUGGAUUCACGAGUUUCGUCAGUGCAGUACUUGUAUGUUUUCUGAGUUUUUUUAUAUUUAAAAAAUUGAGUAGUGAGGGAAAUGUUCCAGUUCGAGAUUCCACUAAAAAUCAUAAUUGGACUCCCAUAAAAAUUACAUCCAAAGCUUGGUAUUGUUCAAUUUGUGAAUCGCUUCUACUCAAUGGCAUUGGAGUAUAUUGUGAUUGCUGUGGAGUUUGUGCAGAUCCUGAAUGUGUGAAAAAAGCUAACCUAGCACUAAAAUGUAAAGUUAUCACUAGUAGUAGUGAGAAUCACCUUCAUCAUUGGGUUAAAGGUAAUUUACCGUUGUGGGCUGUUUGUCAAAAAUGCGGAGAGGACUGUUCAAUGGAGCCUGGUCUUGUUGAUUACCAAUGUUGUUGGUGUCAGAAAACAGUUCAUACAGAGUGUCUUGUUGGUACAGAGCAGAUUUGCGACUUUGGGCCUUAUAGAAAUAUGAUAGUUCCUCCAUGGUGCAUACAAGUAGCUCGUCGAAAAGGAGCAUUGAAUAAGCAUUUACUUCUCAGGGGAGUAAAAGAUCCGGGUUGGAAGAAAUGGACUCCUUUGAUUGUUAUUGCUAACAAAAAAUCUGGCAAUACUGAUGGAGCCUUAGUUUUAUCAGAAUUCAGAAAGUACCUUAAUCCCGUUCAAGUGAUUGAUUUGAGUGAAAGAAAGCCCUCUGCCGCAUUACAGUGGUGUGUCUUGCUGGCCCCAAAACAAAUCAAAGUACUUGUAGCAGGAGGAGAUGGAACUAUUUCGUGGGUUUUGACAACAUCACAUAAUUUGGACCUUGAUCCUGAGCCACUAUUAGCUAUUCUUCCCCUUGGUACUGGCAAUGAUCUCUCUAGGGUACUUGGAUGGGGUAAAGAGAAUUCUUCAGAGUUGCAUAUAAAUGAAAUCUUGGAAAGUAUACAAGACGCAAGAGUUUCAGAACUGGACAGAUGGAAAGUUGAAGUGACUUCAACCAGACAUCUAGGGUUGAAAUUACCCAAUAAAACAUACUUCAUGUAUAAUUAUAUCAGUAUUGGUGUGGAUGCACAAGUUGCAUUGAAUUUCCAUAAGACAAGAGACAGUAUUUUUUAUGUUUAUGGAAGCAGGGUCUUCAAUAAGAUGCUAUAUUUAUGCUUUGGUACCCAGCAAGUUGUUACUGCAGACUGUAAAAAUCUUGAAAAACGACUGGACUUGUAUCUGGAUGGUAAUCAUAUCGAUCUUCCCGAACUAGAAUCAAUAGUUGUUCUGAACAUUUCUUCAUGGGGUGCUGGCGUUAACCUAUGGGGCAUGAGCGGUGAUGGUAAUGCAAGACUGAAUCAGUCCUACCACGAUGGGGUCUUAGAAGUGGUAGGAAUUUAUUCCUCGUUCCACAUGGCCCAGCUCCAAAUUGGCUUAUCUUGCCCCAUUAGACUUGGUCAAGCUAAAAAUGUAGAGAUACGUUUGAAACAAAAGGCACCAAUGCAAGUCGAUGGAGAGCCUUGGGAACAGCAUGCUGGUAAGUUGAAAGUUACUUUUGUCAACAGAUGUCCUGUUUUGAUUAACCAAAACAGAUCGGACUAAUAUAAUAAUUGGAAUUGUACAUGUGUUCAGUUGCAUUUGUAAUUUCUGACUUGUAUUUAUUGAUGUUGAAUUUUAUAUAAUAAUUUUCCCUUGUCGUUUGUAAAAUGUCUAUGUUUCAUUAUUGAAAUCCUUUUUAUUCAUUUCUCCAUUUCUGAUUACCUGUAUAGUUGUACUGUAUGAUUUAUUGAAUUAUUUUCUGUUAUGUAAAGAGAUUUUCUGUUAUAUCAAAUGCAAAUCUAUGCCCAUAUUUGAUCAAAAAACUUUUUUUAAUUUAUCAAUAAAAUACAUAAAAUAUUGAUUUUGGUAGUAGGAUAAAUAUCCAGAUAUGAAUAGGAAUCAGGACUAGAUAAAUGAAUAUUAAGCAUUGUCUAAAUAUCCUUCCAUUAACGCUGUGAAAUAUUGCAAAGAGUUUAAUACAUGUUUUAAUUAAAUACUUUAUUCGUG